AUGAGUUGCCCUUCCUUCGCAAGUUUUCCGAGACUCGACUGUGGAAAUUACUGGAUUUUUGACACUGGUACCCACUCCAGUGCUCUUGGUCCAGAUAUUAAUUCAUCUAGUCCGGGCAUAAAACCACCGACAUCGCCAUUAAGUUUAGAUAAUGAAAUAUCUGUUCUUGGUCAUGCUAUUCAAUGUCGUGUAACUAUUGAAAAUCUUGCACAAAACUUUCAACCUGAUACAGGAGUCUACAGAUUAUCUGGUGAUAAUGGUGUUUGGUUAAUGAUGAUUUUUAGAAAUACGAGCAGAGUUGAGAAAUUUUUCGAUACAAAAUCUGAAAAGUUCGUUCAA